UAAGAGGAUCUCUAUCACUCCUGCUGUCUCUAGUGUUGAAAACAGCAUGUCUGGGACAGGUAGCACGUCCGGUGAACAGGUCAGGAUUCCAUUAAACUCCACAAUCUUUUAAAGGAGGACUGUGCCUAAUUAUUUGCAUGCCUGUGAAGUAAGACAUACAUUAACUGGUUUGACAUGAUACACUGGUUAAAAUUAUGGUAGCGCUUCAUAAUAAAAGCAACAAUGUGUUACUUGUUACAAUGUGUUAUUUUUAGUAACGUUGUGGCAACAUUUGAAAUGCCCAAUGGAAUGACAACUAUAUAUAAUAGUAUGUAGAAAAUAAAUGUAGGCCUAUGAUGACAAAUAAUUUGCACAGACAGCCCCCCUUGCGCGAUUUGCACACGAUUCCUGUUGAAAGACAUGCCGGGAGAUUUCGCUUGAACACAAUUUACGCAGCGGAUCGAUUCAUUUGACUAGCUACUACAGAUAUAGGCUUGUCUACUGCAAUACAAUUACUUGCCCUACGGUUGUUCUUGAAAUAAAUCAAAAUGACUGGAAGCGCAGGAGAAUGGUGUCUUAUGGAAAGUGAUCCUGGGGUUUUCACAGAAUUGAUCAAAGGCUUUGGUUGUAAAGGAGCUCAGGUUGAAGAAAUAUGGAGUAUGGAACCAGAGAACUUUGAAAACCUGAAACCAGUUCAUGGGUUGAUCUUCCUGUUCAAGUGGCAGCCAGGUGAGGCACCAGCAGGCUCUAUCGUUCAGGAUUCAAGACUUGACAACAUCUUCUUUGCCAAGCAGGUGAUAAAUAACGCAUGUGCUACCCAGGCCAUUGUGAGUGUGCUGCUGAACUGCACUCACUCUGACAUGCUGCUGGGAGAGACACUCACAGAGUUCAGCGAAUUCUCAUUCAGCUUCGAUGCUGCUAUGAAAGGUCUGGCUCUCAGCAACUCUGAAGUUAUUCGACAAGUUCACAACGGCUUUGCCAGACAGCAGAUGUUUGAGUUUGACGCAAAGUCUUCAGCGAAGGAUGAGGAAUCAUUCCACUUUGUGAGUUAUGUCCCUGUCAAUGGCAGGCUCUAUGAGCUGGACGGACUACGUGAAGGGCCCAUCGACCUCGGUGUAUGUAACCAGGACGAUUGGAUCAACGCAGUUCGGCCAGUGAUUGAGAAAAGAAUACAGAAGUACAGUGAGGGAGAGAUCCGCUUCAACCUGAUGGCCAUCGUGUCAGACAGGAAGAUGAUUUAUGAGAGGAAGAUAGCGGAGCUGCAGAUCCAGCUUGCAGAGGAAGAGCCAAUGGACACAGACCAGAGCAGCACCCUCCUCAGCUCGAUCCAAUCAGAAAUUGCCAAGUAUCAGCUGCUGAUUGAUGAGGAGAAUCAGAAACUCAAACGAUACAAGAUCGAAAACAUCCGACGAAAGCAUAACUACCUACCCUUCAUCAUGGAACUACUGAAGACACUGGCAGAAUACCAGCAGUUGAUACCUUUGGUGGAAAAGGCAAAGGAGAAGCAGAGUGCCAAAAAAGUCCAGGAAGCCAAGUGAACACAGUCACUAGUGCUGAGUGAGGGUGGGGGUUAUAAAACAACUAAUCGACGACUUCAGUUUAAUUACUUUAAUUCCAUUUAGUUUUUUGUGAGCCCAACACAGAAAUCAAGUCAAGAACUAUGUGGGACGCUGGUCUGAUACACACAGACCCACAAUGACAAGAGGGAUAGAGACAGUUUGUGAAAGUAUGCCUUAUCUACUUUGAAGAACUAGUCAAAUGAUUUCAUCAGACAGCUCUGCAUCAUAGGCUACUUAGGCAGGCUAGCUAAAUAUGAUGACUAAAGACAGUACAUUAUAGGGAGCACAUAGAUAACGUUACUGGCUGCUUCAGACUGCUACUGCCUGAGCAGAGAUGAGAUGACGACUUUAAGGAAUAAAAGAUAAUAAAGUAAUCAAAUAAAAAUGUAGUAAUAUACAGAACUGAAAUAUUGUAUUUCAUAGUAAUUUCCUGUUUUUCUAUUGAUAUCUAGCCAAUGUGGACCUGACAAAGACAAUGGAUUAUUUUUAAUGUUUUGGCAAUUGAAUGCUGACUAUUUUUGGCUUUGGAAUUUCCAUUAAAAAUAUCUAUUUCAUAAUGCAUUUAAUGUUGAAAAAAAUAAUCGAAAAUCGUGAUAUUUUUUAAUAAUUGAACCGAAACCGAACCGACCUCAAAAAGCACAACUCUGCUCAGCACUAACACUCACACUCAUCAGUCGUCGUAUUCAUGUGACCUCCACCCCCCACAGACAUGAGCACACGGGCAGUGGGAUAGACAAGAACUGUGUUGACUCCCACCCACGUCUACCGCUAAGCUGUAAUGUAUGCCUGGAAAGAUGUUUAAAUGAGCCUGUCUUAUUUUCAUAAUAAAAUGUGUUGUAGUUUGAUUGUUAAUUGCAUUCUGUCAUAGUGUAGGCCCACAUCUUCAAGUUUGUGUGUGUAUGCAAGUAAGUUUGCAGGUUUAAUAGUAUUCAACUCCCAUCAUUAUUAGUACCCAUAAAUAGUCAUUCAUGUCACAGAUCAUGUUCUAUCCCAUGAUCCCCAAAUUCCUUGAUGCUGCUGGCCUUAUCAGUAGGUUAGCAUUUUUCGUCAUGAAUCUUGUUCUGGAGGCAGCUCUGCAGUGGACACUAGCUGGCACAGUCAUAAAAUCAGAUUUUAAUCCUAACCUUAACUACACUCCUAACCCUGACCUUAAAUUAAGACCAAAAAGCUAUUUUUCUUGUUUUCAUGAAAUGUUUAUAUUAUAGACCAGCUGCAAAAUUAAAAUUGGCUAUCUAAGACAAUCACUCAGACAUGACUCAUGACAAAUGUCAACCUGUGUCUAAUCACUAAGAGCCGCCUACGAUGUCACAAAUAUACAGGCAACUCUGUAUUGCACCUAUCAAUAAUUGACUGUACACAAGCAACAGUGUCACAUCCAACUGCCUUUUGAUAAGUGCCACUCAGUCUAAAAUAAGCACACCAAAUCAGGUUAAAAUUCUUUAGAUCAGGACAUUAGUCAUGUUUCACCUUAGAGACCAUUACUGAACCUCUUAGCUGGCGCAGUGAGUUUUGACCAUGUGACGUUAGGUUGACACAAUGACGCAGAAUUCUGACGCAGAGUUGGCUAGUUGUAGUCCGCCAUGUCCACAACACUGGCAGACUAUAGCUAACUGCAUCAAACAGUCAUUUCCUCCUUUUACCUUCUGCAGAUUGUGCCUUGCAUAGGGCCAUGACUUGCAGACAGCCAGACGCUGUCCUUCCCCUGUUUUUCACUGAUAGCCAUGUUGUGUGACCAAAUUUGUAUUUCAUUUUCUAAUACUCGGUUGGUUUUUGUAUGCCUGAUCUGUAGCCUACAGCAUUAAAGUACACUAAAGUUC